UUGGGGGCACUGCGUGUUCUGGGCUCAACGCUCCAAGUCAUUGAGGGCUGCCAGUUCGGCCGUUGACGGUCCGACGGCCAGGCGAUCAUGGGGGUGACGGAAGAGGUGUUGAAGAAGGCCAAAGACUACGUGAAGACUAAGGAGUUCCGGGAUUACGUAACCAGCACCCACUUCUGGGGUCCUGUGGCCAACUGGGGCCUUCCAUUGGCCGCCUUGAGGGACAUGAAGGCGUCGCCGGAGCUCAUCAGUGGCCGCAUGACCACAGCGCUCAUCUUGUACUCGAUGACCUUCAUGCGCUUCGCCUACCGUGUGCAGCCUCGAAACAUGUUGUUGAUGGCGUGCCACUUCACCAACGUGGUGGCACAGAGUGUGCAGGCUGGCCGCUACAUAAACUAUCACUAUCUUGGUGACGCCCAGCGGGCCACCGCCGCCAAGGGCAGCGCAACUCCAGCGGCUAGCUCCGGUGUCCAGUGCCCCCCAAAAGCUUUCUAAUGUGUGGGGACUCCAUCAGAUCUUUGCAGCUUGCAGGCUGAGCCACAUUUCCUUCCGAAGACCCAUGGAAAUUGGUUCUGACUCAAAAAAACAAUGAGAAAAUGACUUAAAACUGCAGUUUGAUUAAUAAACAAUAGCAUCACAAUGAA